ACUCAACUGACGCCCAACAGUGAAAUGAGCCCCGAAGAGGUCGGAGGAGCUGGAUUCAGCGGUGGUCUACCGUCCAACUGUUCCGCAGCCUCGGGCCUCAGUGGGCUGGCAGGAUCCUCGGUUGCUAUGUUCACCGGCGGCAGUGGCAGCGGCAGCGGAGGGCGUGAUGGUAGGAGUGGAGGCACUCCGGGCGGCCAGUCCACCAUGUUGCCUGGCAACAGUAGUACAGGCAGUGGAGCAGGUCUUGACAUGAGUGGAGCCGGAGGAGGUGUGAUGUCUUGUAGCAUUUUAAUGUCCGACCCUGGCGUAUUUUCCUCAGGCUCCUCUCCAUUGCCCAACCAGACGGUCGGCUCCACCACGGGACCGGGCGCCCUUAGCAACGAGGUGUCGGGCAGACGAGUUGGCGGCCUGCUAGGCCUGACCGAGUCGAGUCAAGGCCAGGUUCAGGUAUCCGGUUCAGGCUUGACUCCAGUUGGGACUCGACAUUUGCCAGGAAUGGGGAUAAAUGGACAGAGCAGAAGUGGGACUGGCAUUUCAGGGGGCGGUGGCCCGGGGAAAUCGAGCAAACGGUCGAAAGACCACAAAACGACCAGAGUGAGUCUUGAGAAAAAGAUAUGA